GGGGUGCUGCGGCUGCCUAUGGAGUUCACACACGCAGAACCGCCUCGCGCUCGCGUUCUUUCGAGGUUUAGCGCCAUCUAUCGUUCGACACCACACAACUUUCUGCUUUUGAGUUAACUUGGCAAAACUUCCAAUAAAAAACAUGUCUUUCCUGUCCCGAUUCAUCAGACCCUGUGUUCACCAGGCCCAAAGGUCUUUGGUUGCCUCACAGCUUUCCAGGAAUGGUGUCCCAGUCAGCCAGACCCUCUCCAGGAUGUAUAGCAGUGAUGAUGGACUAGUCAAGGUAGAAAAAGAUAAAGGUUAUGCUGUCUUGUCAAUGAAUCGUGCCCCUGUAAAUAGUCUGAACACAGUAUUCCUUCAAGAACUCAAAGCUGCCAUUGAUGAUCUUGAGGAAGACCAUCAUAUGCAGGGUCUGAUCAUUACAUCAGGAUGUCCAAAGAUCUUCUCAGCAGGUCUUGAUAUCACAGAGAUGUACCAAGCUCCUCCAGAAUCAACAGAUCGCUUCUGGCGUAGCCUUCAAGAUUUCUGGCUGACACUCUAUAACAGCAGAUUAGCAACAAUCGCUGCAGUCACGGGUCAUUCCCCUGCUGGAGGAUGUGCAAUAGCUAUGUCAUGUGACCAUCGGAUAAUGGCUGACGGACCUUUCACUAUGGGCCUCAAUGAAGUACACUUGGGUAUUGUGGCACCAUUUUGGUUUAAAGAUACAAUGCAGAAUACGAUUGGCCAAAGGGAAACAGAGAGGGCGCUUGGACUUGGUCUGUUGUACAAGCCUGAUGAAGCCCUCGGGGUUGGUCUAGUAGAUGAAGUUGUACCUCUUGAGAAUGUUGUAGACAGAGCACGAGAAGAAAUCCAGAAAUGGAUAAAAAUACCAGGUAUAGCUAGGAUGGCUUCUAAGCGUAUGAUCCGUGAACACACCCUCACCAAACUCCUAGACACCAGAGAGUCAGACAUUGACAUGUUCACAAGUUUCAUCCAGACAGCUCCGGUACAGAAACAUCUUGGACGAUACCUAGAAAACCUCAGGAAAAAGUAGAUUAGAAUUUUUACAAAUUAAUUAACCCUUUGGAGACUGGCUAAUUACUAUUAUGCUACGCAUUUUCCAUAGACCUCACGCUGCAUAUAUGUAAGCUCGGUCUUUGAUGGGUUAAUUUUUUUUUCAUUACAUUUUUUCUCAAAUGUAUGUUUCAACUCUUAAUUGGAAAGGGCCCGGUGACAAUCCAGACAAUUGAGCAUUGGAUUUCUGUUCAAUUUGGUUGAUUUAUUUCUUCUUGUCAAGUAUUUUAAACAUUACAUUAUAUACAUGUGCAAAGAAGUAAAUACAAACAAAGAACACAAAACUAGAAAAAAAUAUUAAAACUUAUACAGGGUAGUUCCCAGCCAAAGAAAGAAAAUUUUGACAAACAUUGAGAAAUACAAACCAUGCAAAUAAAAUAAGUUGUAAUCCCAACAACUCAUCACACUAUCAAGCACCAACAAUAAAUAAGAGGGGGGGGGGAUGUGGUAAAUGUAAGCACAAUGAGAGUAAGCUACUUUGAAUAUUGGUCAAUAUAUAUCUCCUUAAUUGUUUGCCCAAAUCAUUAACACAAAGCAUCAUUAAGAUAGGCACUGAGGAUAGAUUUAGUGAUCAGCAAACAUUUUGAAAGGUCUUUGGUUUGAAAGCAUCCUUGAGAAUCGGUUCAACAAAUUUCAGAAAACUUCAUGUCAUAGCAAUGGCAAGACAAAUUGCUUUACUUGUUUAAGAAUGUGGUUUACAUGCAUCAACUUUCGAAAACAUAUCCUAAUGUUGCAUUGACAAACACAACCUUCACAUCGAUUUCAUUAUGUUGUCAGAAUUUGUGUCACAUGAUCACGAGUAUCCAUGCAACUUUGAACAGAUCUUUUUUUACUUUAACUUUUAACCUUAAUCUUAUUUUUCUAUAUAGUUGGACUUUUUUUAGACUGGGGUGACCCCCCCCCCCAAGAAAAAAACACCAAACAAACAAAACAAAAUGCAACCCCUUGCAACAUGAAGAUCAUUUUCCAUUUACAUUGCAUGCUAAAUGAUGCUUAGCUUUUGUGAUGCCAUGUCUGAUAAUGCUGUGGAACUCUAAAACAUGGAACAUUCCUAGCGAAAAGACUCAGUUCUUUUUCCAUUACCUAAAAAAGGAGUCCAAGCUAUUUUGUUUUGUACGGAUUGGGGAAUUCCCCCCACCCCCAUUUUUUUCCUUUUAUUUUUUAAGGGAGGGGGAAUAGUUCAUAUCAGCUUUCCAUUUAUGGUAUGAAAAACCUAACAAAAGCAAAAAAGCUAAAAUGUGGAUAUAGAAAAGGAAAUGUGGUUUUUAUUGGUGAUAAAUUGAUGAGAAGUAAUAAAACUUUUUAUUAUUGGAUCUGGUAAGUUUCACCUGAUUCUUAGGCUUGAACAUUAAAUAAAGAAGGAAAAUUGUGAUUGACAUUUGGAAUAAAUCAUCAAAAAUCACAAUAUUUACAAAGGAUUUUCAUGAUUAAAACAUUGUAUAAUCGUGGAGCAUGAAAAGAAGAAUGUAAAAAGCAGUUUAUAUUCAAACAUGCUUUUAAGAAGGAAGCUCUGAGACAGAAAAAAGACUGAUGUAAUAAAUGAUUAAAAAAAUAAACAGCAGGAGAUAGGCCGUGGUUUAACUGUGUUAAACCUAUGGGAAGCCAAAAGGUAAAAAUUUGGUUUACUAUUCUCUUUCCUAAUUCUGUGAUGGUUCCCAGACAAUUAAGAACUAUUUUAGUGUCUAAUGAACUGAACAUUCAAAUCUAAUGUUAGAGAAUCAUGUGAUAAAUGGCUAUCCAUGUUAAACCACAACUUUAGACCAGAGUUUAUAAAUCAACUCUGACUUUAGACUAUGACUUUUGUGUCAAGAGGGCGGCCACAGUACAUUGCUGAACCUAGUCUCUUAAUUCAGACUGCUAAUGAACAAUCCAAUAUAUCCAGUGGGUUUAUACCUGCAAACUACCUCUAUGGCACAUGUUUGAACUAAUAAAAGGGAUGAUAUGUACAUUUCCCACAAGAUAGGGAAAACCAAAGGAAUUUUGCUUAUGCCUAUGAAUUAUUUAUCAUCAUAAAGAUUGUGCAACAGGGCAUUUAUUGAGAUAAUGAGAUUAAAUAUAUGGAACAUGUUAUUGAUAUGAUAAUGUAAUUGAUGUAUCAUAACAGAAUAUUUCAUAGUGGUAUUCAAGGUGAAAGUUUAAUUUCAAAAUGGGGAGUAGAAAAUUGAUGUUGAGAUGAGCAUAACAUUUCUGAAAUAUAUAUAUUUCGUGGCUUUAUUGUGGUUUUGAAGAUUAAAUGUGGCCAUUUAUCAUUGUAAAUGUAUGACAACAGGCCAAUUUAAUUAAAUGAUUUAUUGAAAAGC